AUGCCCCAGGACAAACAGACACUCAGGAUGGACAACCCUGCCUCUGAAGAACUCUUGGGAAAACAGAAGGAACCACAGAAAUUGGAGGAAGAGGACAGGGAGUUCCAGGCAUUGGAUGGGUUGAAGGAAGCCCUGGCCAACCUCCGAGGACUGACUGAGGAAGAGAAGAGUGAGAAGGCCAUGCUUUGCUCUCGGAUCCACGAGCAGUCCCAGCUCAUCUGCAUCCUGAAGCGGAGGUCCGACGAGGCCCUGGAGCGCUGUCAGGUCCUGGAGAUGCUCAACGCGGAGCUGGAGGAACAGAAGGCCCAGGAUUCUGAGAAACUGAAAACCAAAAGUGAAUACGCCAAGAAGUUGGAGGAUCGCUUUCUGAUCCUGGCAUCCAACCAUGAAAAGAUGAUCCGUUUCAACGAUGAACAUAAGAGCCAAAACAUCAAGUUGAGGGAAGAGAAUGAGAAGUUGAGGCUUGCGAAUGACAAGCUCUUUAGCCAGGCUCUGAAGGAACAAGAAACAAAAGUCUCACAACUCACGGCCCACAGUGCAGCCCUUAGCCAGGAGCUGGAGACGCUGAAAGAGAAAUGCAUGCAAGAUAUCUGCCAUGCACAAAACAGAGAGAAGGAGCUUUUGGAUCUUCAGAGCCAGCAGUCCUGUACUUACACCCGAGAGAUAGAGCAGCUGCGCAGCCAGCUGCAGAGCCUCCAGCUGCAGCACCAACAGGCCAUGGAGCAGAUGGCAAAGGCUGAGCAAGCACACAGCAGCACGAGCCAGAAACUGCAAGACAGACUGCAGACCAUCACACAUGAGAAAGACGAGCUACUAAAGUUGUCCAUGGAGAGGGGCAAGGUGCUUCAGAAUAAGCAGGCCGAAAUCCGCCUUCUGGAGGAGAAACUAGCGUCUGCGGAUGAGGCCAGAAGGCAGGCACUGGAGCGAUUUGAGUUGGAGGCAGUGAUGGUGGACAGCAACUUGAGAGUGCAGGAGCUUCAGCGCAAGGUGGAAGGGAUCCAGAAGGCUUAUGAUGAGCUCAGGCUGCAGUCAGAAGCCUUCAGGAAGCACAGUCUGGACCUUUUAAGUAAGGAGCGGGAACUCAAUGCCAAACUCCGUCAUCUUUUCCCAUAA